AUGAAUCCAAUUCCAUCAAACGAACAAGCAUCACAAACGAGCACCCAAAAAAAGACCACAACAACUAAUACAGAAAUAAAUACGAACGAGAUGAUAGCAAAUACCAUAAAGAGAUUUACAACUGGUGUACCAAUUGUUUACAAGGAUUUUGAACCAACACCUGGACUCGAAACUUUUGAGAAGAUCUCUAAAGUUAUGUUUCCCAAUGAAGGGCCAUGCAAAAACGUGUCUGCUGGAUGCCGUUUCAAGGCAUCUAAUGCUGGUAAAAUCUGUCUCAAUUGUUUGGCGCUUGGCAAGAAGUAG